GUGUGUAUAAAAAAUAUGCAUCCACUUCCCAACAUAUGCUUUUCUCCAUUUCACAAGCAAUCAAUUGUGUCUCAGUCUCUCCCCUGUAAUCAUUCUCCAGUUUAAAUUCAAAUAUUCACCCCAAAAUUCACAUGUAUAUAUAUAGAGAGAGGAAUGGGAGUUAGCAGCAGCAACAGACCUCAAAUCCAAAAGAUGGGGACUUUACAGAAAUUCAAGCUCCUCGCCACGCAGUGCGGCGUGGCCCAGAGCCCGACGCGAAGCCCGCGGACGAGCCCGUUGAUCCAGUUCCGCCGCCGCAAACCCACCUUGCUGAUGCUCCUGACCCGGAGCAGCAGUCGCCGCCGUGACCCGCCUGUUCCGAUGCCGCUACCGGAGAAGAUUCCGCUUCAGAGGAACAGUUUGAAGGACCUGUUCGUGUCGUCGCCACCAUUUGAGUUGAACGACGGGAGAAAGGCGGAGAGUGAGAGAGAUAAGCGGGUAGAGUCGGGUAGUUUGUUGGUGGUAGGUAAAGAAAUUGGUGGAGUUGGACCGGGCUCCCCUAGGCCGGCGUGGACCGGUUUCCGUUACAAGUCGUUACUGAGAAGGGCUUGGCGCCCUGUGCUCGUCACUAUUCCUGAGUAAAUUAAUUAAAUAAUUUAAUCUUCGUAAAAUAUUAUUAGAGUUUUUUUUGUUUGCUGUGUGGUCGGCCGUCUCUCAUGAUCCUGGUCCAAAUAUACCGAUACAAAUCGAUCUUGUAUUGCAUUGUAUAAUUUGUAGCUGCCGUCCUUGGACUCGUAGUUACAAGCAUUAUCGUACGUUCGACUUUAUGAUUUCGUUUCAAUUCUCCA